AUGUAAGGAUUUGGAAUAGCAGAAUUACAAAUAAGAAAUUUAAACUUUAAAUUUUCAAACAAAAUUUCAUUUUUACAAAUUUCAAACUCCUAUAAUGAAAACUCUAAGUAAUUUAUAUAGAAAGGCGAUUAAUUUUUUAUAUAAAAUGCAACUAUAGCAUCUGUAAAUCAUGUUUAAAACUCUGUAAUAAGCUUAACAGGGAAUUCUUUUAUUAUUAAUUAAAUUAAAAUAUUUAAUGUGAGCUGCUCUAAUUGCUUAGGUGCUGGCAUUUAAGUAUAAUAUAGUAAUUAAUUUAUUCUGUAGGAUUCAUUAUUUCAAUUUAAUUUAGCUUAAAAAGGUGGUGCUAUUUAUAUCGAUUCUAAUUAUUAUAAUAGUACUAUUAUCAAAAGUAGUAUAUUUUUAAAUAAUAAAGCAUUAAGUUCUGGAGGAGCAAUAUUCUUACAAUUUAGUAAUCUGUAAAUGUAUAAUACAACAAUAAUAGAGAAUUAAGCACUAAUUGGAGGAGGAGUUAGGUAUUUAGGAAUCUAACCAGAUUUUAUUAAUUAAAUCAUAAAUAAAGACUUAGUUGAAAACAAUAUUAUUAAUUCAAUUACUAAAAAUAAUGCUUCAAUUCAUAGUAAUAAUUUUGGCUCAUAUUCGUUUUCCUUAAAGGUUACUUCUAACAGUAUUACUAAAAAUUAUAAUGAUUAAAUCAUACCUAUGAUUGAAAAGGAUACUAUUUAAGUUUUUGAUACUGUAAGCAUUAAUGAUUUUUAAAGUGGGGGAAAUAUUGAUGUAAAAUUUUAAAUUUUAGAUCUCGAAGGUGUACCAAUUAAUUUUGACUAAAAAUUAUAUGAAUCUGAAAGCUAUCCACAAGAUGUAAGUGAAGAGAUCUAAAAUUUUAAAAUUAUAACUACUUUAAGCAACGAUAAAAUAAAAGUGUAUGGUUAAUAUAUUUCUGAUUAAUAGUAGUUUAAUGCAAAAGAUAGAACAUUUUCAAUCAAAGAUAUGAAUAUUGUAUCUAUUCCUGAGACACGAAAUUACUUCUUUUUUGAAGUUCCAAGCAUAUUUAGAGCACAUAACAAUAAUUAACAAUACUAUUUCAAAUAAGAAAGAUUUGGUGUAAAAGUUAACAUCUAAUUUAGGCAAUGUAUUGCUGGAGAAAUACUAACAUAAAGUGGGUCUCUUUUUUUAUGUUAAGAGUGCAAAGAAGGUUUUUACUCAUUAUCUUAACCUAAUUAAACUAAUAAAUAAAGUUAACAAUGUGAGAGAUGCCCAGAAAAUGCAGAAAAAUGCUAUAAAAAUAAGAUAAUUGUAAAAAAGGGUUAUUGGAGAAUUUCUGAUGAAACAAAUGUGAUAAUAAAAUGCAAAAAUAAUGAGCAAAAUUGUAAUGGAAAUGAAUUAACUGAUUAUUGCAAAGAAGGUCAUAUUGGCCCUCUUUGUGAAUCGUGCGAUUCUACGGGAGAGAUGUGGGGCUCAAGAUAUAUGUCAGAUGGUAAGUAUAAUUGCAUAAAUUGUAAGGGUUUGUAGAAUGAUAUUAAAUUUCUACUUCCUUCAAUUUUAGUAGGGAUAUUUAUGAUAUUCUAUAUAUUAUUUAGUGUUAAAAUAGCCUUAAAUAUUAGCUAAAAUAUAAUAUUCGGAUAUUACUUAAGAAAAUUAAAUAUGCUUAAUAUUAGUAAAUCUGCAUAUCAAGACACAACAAAUAUGAAUAUGAAGGCUAUGAUGAAUUACAUACAGAUAUCUUAAUUAAUCAACACCUUUGAAGUAGAUCUUCCUGGUUUUCUUGAAUUGUUUCCAAAAUAUAUAGGAUCUCCUGUCAAUAAUUUCAUGUACACACUUGAUUGCUUUCUUAGUACCCUUUAGUCUAAAAGUUUUCUUCUCAUAUUUUUGAGGACAAUAUGGGGUCUUAUGAUCCCAGUAAUUUACAUAUUUAUUGCUGGAAUAAUAUACUUUGCGUUGUAUUAAUUCAAAGUAUUAUCAUAUAACAAAAGUUAUUUAAUAUGUGGAUUAGUCUUUAUAAUAUUCUUUUUGCAGCCGAAUAUCAUUAAUAAUUUACUAAGUGUUUUAUCAUGCAGAUAAAUUGAUUAAAAUUACUACAUUCUUGCAGACGUUUCACAUAAAUGCUACACUGAAGAGCACAUUAAGUUUAUUCUAUCAGUUUGUAUUCCAGGGUUAGUUUUGUGGGGAUUUAUUUUACCAAUGAGUAUUUUGAAAAUACUCUUUAUGCAUAGAAAUAAGCUAGACUAUGCAAUAAUUAGAUUACCUUAUGGAUUUUUAUACUAAGAUUACACACAAUAGAGGUUUUAUUGGGAAUUCAUUAAAAGCUAUAUGAAAAUAUUAAUAGUAGUAGUGUUAAAUUUCUAUGGAGAUCCAUUUAACAAUAAACUCUUAAUUAUUAUGAUUAUACUACUUUUAUACUAAGUAAGCUUAUCUAUUAUGAAGCCAUAUCAAAUGAGGUAUUUUUAAUAAUUAGAGAAGAAGAGUAUGAUAACCUUAACUGUGAUAACAAUAAUGAAUAUCUUUUUGUAUAAUUAACCUGAUAAGAUUUAGUAACAAAUAUUCUAUUUGAUUGUAUUAGGUAUCCAUAAUAUUUAUUUAGGAUACUUAAUCUUUGAAGUAGUGAAGGCUAAACUAUCAAUUGCUUAGAAAAAAAACUUAGAAUUAAUUAAAAAGAAAAUAAUUCAAUUAUUUCCAUCAUUAUCUAAGUUUAUAAAAUUUGAUAAGCCAAAGGAUCUUAAAACAUUUCAUAAUUGGAAUAAAAUAAGAAAAGAAAUACUAAGGAUUAAAAUGAGUUCAGUCAAAAAAGAUCCAUCACAAAAAUAAAAUUCUUCUAAGUCUUAAUAAGAAGUUUUACCAGCUUUGAUUUCACCACUUUCCUAAUCAAUAAAUGCAAACAUAGGAUCUUAUAAUAAUAUAUCUGUCAAAGAAUUAAUAGACUCACAUAAAAACUUAAAUGGAUAUUCAAUUACAAGUAAAAAAUAGUUGGAGCCACCCUCAACAACUUCCUUUCAAAGCCAAAAUUACUUUAUUUCCUAAAAUGUUAACACAAAGAGAAGCCAAUUUUUUAAAGAUACUCAUCGAACAAGUAGAAUAGAAGAUACAAAUUAGAUUAACUAAAAAAGCUCAAAAUACUUAGAUAUUAAUGAAAUCAUUUUAGACAAUAGUCACUUCAUAUUCCCAAAAUCAACAAAAUAAAUUUGUGAUUAAUAAUAAAUUGAAUAAGAAAAUAAAUUUAUUAAUGAUCUGCAAUUAUCCAACAAGCUAAAUAAAAAAAAUUAUUUUGAUUUUUCUAAUUAAAAUGAAAAAAAUGAGAGCAUUAUUUACAAAAAUCUUUCAAAAGUAUAUUUACAAAGAAAUAGUAAAGGAUUAACACCAUAAAAGAAUAGUAAAGAAACAAAUAUCGAUGAAGUUGAAGUAGGAAAUUUAGUUGAAAGUUAAAUCAAUCAAGUAAGCCCUAGAAAGAAAAUUAAUGAGAUGAUCAUUAAUUUUCAUAUCGAUUAAAACAAAUUAGAAGAUGAGAACUCACUUUAUUCUACUAAUAUAAACAAAGAGGAAAAAUCAGACUUUAAUUUUGAACAUAAUAAUGAAUAAACAUCUAGCUUGAAAACAACUAAUGAUUUAAAAAUUGUAAAGUAUAACUAACAUAAUUUGAUUGAUAAAAAUAUUAUCAAUAAUAUCUAAGAAAAAUAGAAUGGUUUUUCAUCUUAUAAAAAUUUGAUUAUUAAUUAGUAAAAAAGCUCUAAUCAAUAGGAAGAUUUUUAGAUUUAAUAAGCUGAGAAAAAUGCCAAACAAAAAAAUUAAAAUAUUUUAAGCUAAAAUAUGGUUAAAAACUCUCAUUCAAAAGAGUAACAAAUAUAAAAUUCUGAGUUAUCAGAUAAAUUUACAAAGGAGUCUUCUUUAUUAGAAAAUUAUUAAGAUAUUUAAGAACAUUAAACUGAGCAUUCAAAAUCAUUAAGUUCAUGA